UUUACUAUCUGGAUUUAUGAUUCUCCGCGCGUCGUAAUAGAUCUAAUGAUCUUGACGUCUAUAGCUGAAAUAGACAUGCUUCAGUGUUCUAUCGUGAUCCCCUCCUCUUCCUCGGCAGGCAUAUGUAUUUCACAUCCGUGCACCCGCCUCUCUGCGCUCUCAAAUAGAUGGUGCAAGUAAAGAUGUCCAAAUCUUCCGCAGACCCUCUGUCUGGUGUCGAAAGCGCUUCUCAGACGCACUAUUUUCAGUUACCACGAAAGCUGCCGAAGCGCAAGGGUCGUUUUAAACGCUCAGAUGGCAGCACCUCCUCUGACACCACCUCCAGCUUCAUCAAACGACAGGGUUCAGCCGAUUCGUACACAAGCAGACCUUCGGAUUCCGAGCUGUCAGCGGAGGAGGACCGCGAGGCGUAUCGGCGUGAAGCCGAACGCCAGGCCCAGCUGCAGCUUGAGAGAGCCAAGUCCAAACCUGUAGCGUUCGCAGUGAAGACAAAUGUAAAUUAUUGUGGGGCUCUCGAUGAGGACUGUCCUGUUCAGGGUGCUGCCAUAAACUUUGAAGCCAAAGACUUUCUGCACAUAAAAGAGAAGUACAAUAAUGACUGGUGGAUUGGAAGACUGGUGAAAGAGGGGGCAGACAUCAGCUUCAUUCCUAGCCCCCUACGACUGGAGGCCAUGAGACUCAAACAGGAGCAAAAACAACAGAGGAAAAGUGGCAACUCCUCGAGUCUGGGCGACAUGGUAUCAGGAGGUUGGAAAUCCACGUCACCAUCUGCAGGUGAGACCAAACAGAAGCUAAAGCAGACUGAACACAUUCCUCCUUACGAUGUGGUGCCGUCCAUGAGACCUGUGGUUCUGGUUGGGCCUUCACUGAAGGGCUAUGAGGUGACAGACAUGAUGCAGAAAGCCCUGUUUGACUUUGUCAAACAUCGCUUUGAUGGAAGGAUUUCUAUAACCCGGGUUACCGCUGACCUUUCUCUGGCCAAAAGAUCAGUUCUCAACAAGAGGCCCAUCAUGGAGAGAUCCAACACUCGAACCAGUCUGGCGGAGGUCCAGAGUGAGAUUGAGAGGAUUUUUGAACUGGCUAAAACCCUUCAGCUGGUGGUUUUGGAUGCAGAUACCAUUAAUCAUCCUGCACAGCUCGCUAAAACAUCACUAGCUCCCAUCAUAGUGUAUGUCAAGGUCUCCUCACCAAAGGUCCUGCAGCGGUUGAUAAAGUCGAGGGGUAAAUCACAGAGCAAACAUCUGAAUGUCCAGAUGAUGGCAGCAGAUAAACUGUCUCAGUGUCCUCCUGAGAUGUUUGAUAUCAUUUUGGACGAGAACCAAUUGGAGGACGCCUGUGAGCACCUCGCCGAAUAUCUGGAGGUUUACUGGCGUGCCACUCAUCUGCCAGGCACUGCCCCUCUCAACCCCUUAAUGGAGCAAAAUCUGAUGACUCCUGCCUCAGCAAUCUCCAGCCUACAGAACCAGCAGCUGUUACCCGCCGGGGGUGGAGUGGGGGUGGAGGAGGAGGAGCAGGGUGAGCAGGACAGCCUCAUGCCCUCCGACGAGGCCAGUGACUCCCGCUCCCUCUGCCGAGGGGGUUCUAGAUCCCUGCAACCCCCCGAGGACGAGGAAGAAGAGGAGGAAGAGGAGGAUGAAUACGAACCCCACAGCCACUCCCAUAUGUACCGGGACAUGUACCCGCCCAACCGUAACCACCCCGCAAGCAUCCACAGCGCUAAUGGGCAUGAGUCAGAGGACCGUCUCCUUCAAAAGCGAGACUCGCAAGAUGGACACAACCAACGCAACAAUCAACAGCGUACACGCGCCUGGCCGAGAGACAACUACUGAGCACCCGCCUGUACGAGUUAGGAGAAGAGGGUUGGGUCGUGAAUUGGGGUAAUGGGUUGAUGGGAUUGGUGAGGAACUAGGAACCACACAGUGUGUGGAUGAAACUAACCAUGGUUGAAGAAUAGAUUAUUUUGUUUUAUAAGCUUAUGUGGUCAUUAUUGUUUGAGAGAUUGUACUACAUUUGCCUUUAAAAAGCAGGGCAGCUUUUCUCCUUAAAGACCAAAUGCAGGUUUAUAUCGAAACAACAUUUGAGCUUCCUCUGGAGGAAAACCCUUACCUGAGUCAAAUAUUAUUUAAAAAACAACUUAAGAUGGUUUUCUGAUCUUAGCUGGUCUGUUUGCUGGUUUUAGGAGGGUUUGGGGCACUUCUGAGCUGGUCAGACUUGGAGACCAGUGUAAACCAGCUAAGACCAGCAAACCAUCUUAGACUAGUUUAAGCAUUUUUUCAGCAGGGAGGAGCUUGAUUUUACCCUCUCCUUAAACCUAAUGAGCACAGAAGGUAUUACGGGAUAAGGAAAAGCACUUUUAUAGCAUGGAAUGGUAGUCACAAAGAAAGAUAUUGUAGCAUUUUGUUGCAUCUUACUUUAAAGACUUAUUUUUUGCUAGCGUGCUUUUAAAUGUGAAUAUAUCAUUCUGAUUUUUUGGCUCAAGCCUGACAGGAGUUCUUGUGUAUUUGUAUCAUUAUCAUUUGUUCAUUGGAUGUCCUCUGGACAACUUUAAUAAUUCAGGCAACUGACAUGAGCAGUCACUUUUUUGUCACAUCCAGAUGUAGCACACAUUGCCACUUGCAGAAGCACCACGUAUCUAGAAAGGGAAUUCAGGGCACACAGGGUUAUGCUCUGCUUUUGUGGAGUGCAACUGCUUAUUCGGUCUGUAGUCUGGGUUUGCACUUAAGAUACAUUCCAGUUCUAGUAAGAAAAGAAGCGGUUGAUCAUCCUUUUGAAUCUUAGCAUAUAGCAUUUUGUAAUGCUAAUAGCAUGUGAUGAAAAACAGACCAUAGAGAGGAAGCCUAAAUAGGACAGUGUUUCUUUAUGAAAAAUCUUGCUAAAACCACCUUAUGGGUGGUAGCUAUUUUUUGGAACAUGAUGACCACUGAUAUUUGGUCCAUGAUUAUGCAAGCUGGUGGCGACUGCACUGAGAUGACUUUGACCUCCUUGCAGGUCAUACUAGCUUAAGGUGGUCAAGCUGUUUUUUGGAACCUGGUAGCUGUUUUUUGCUGGUUCAAGAUGGUUAACCACCUAAUCCAGCUUGGACCUGCUAAUGACCAGCUAGAAAUCAGCAGGGUUGGGGAGUAACAGAAUACAUGUAACGGGAUUACGUAUUUAAAACACAAAAAAUAAGUAACUGUAUUCCACUACAGUUACAAUUUAAAUAGUUGUUCAUCAGAAUACAGUUACAUUCAAAAAUUAUUGGAUUACUGGAUAGGCACGAUUAUAUUUUUUCUAUCAAGAAAAUCCAUGUUUGAUCACAAUUAUUUUUUUUUAAUUCUUUUUUUUUUAUUGUUACAGGAAAAUAUCAAAAAAUCCUUGAAACAUGAUAAAUGUACUUUAUCUUGUUUUAGGAGCAUCACUGCAUAAGAUAUUUAGGUUUGUUGCAGAGAAUGUAUUUUCAAUUUUAGUGUAAUUAGUAUUACAGUACUGGCAUUUUUUUCACUUGUUUAUAGUCAAAACGAGUGAAAAAUAUCUGUGCUGAAAAAGUAAUCCGAAGUAUUUAGAUUUCAUUACUGACCUUGAGUAAUCUAACAGAAUACGUUACAAAUUACACUUAACAGCAUGUAUUCUGUAAACUGUAGUGGAAUACAUUUCAAAAGUAACCCUCCCAACCCAGGAAAUCAGCUGCCACGUUCCAAAAGCUACAACCUUCACACACUUUUUCAGCGGGAUUAUCUGUUUUUAUUGCUGAGAUAUUAAAAUAAGAGAAAACUAAAGAUAUUUUAUAACAUAUAAGUGUCCAUAUAUACAGUGUAGGCUUUUUAAUGCUUGUAGCACGCCAGGUUUUUUGUGUCCAUUUUGGGAAAUGGGAUGGUCCAGUUGUUACUUGACCGAAUGAUUCAGGUAGAUGAAUGCAUCUGUUUAUGGGUAUGCAUGGAAAGUUGGUCGAGGUUCAUCUAUUUUACACACUUCCAAGUAAUCUGUUGGUUGACCUUUGCCAGAGACAGUUUGAGGAGGUAGAGAUUUACCACUUGUAGAAAAAUGAAUAGGAGAAAUUGCAAUGCUUACUAAUGCCAGCUGUAUAAGGAAGUCCCGACUUUCAUUGGCUAAGGCAUCGGCCAGUCAUUUUGCUCUGGAACACGCAUGCACAUUACCUGACCAAGCUGAAAAAUACAGGUUUGUUCCGCCUGAUUUGAGCUAAAGAAGCAAACUUGAUACCAAUGUUGUCCACUUUUUUUUUUUUUGCUGAUUUGUACGUUUGGGAAACAGUUUUGGAGACUUUGGUCUUUCCCCAUUCAAGUAGAUAGGAGCUGUACUUGCAUGUCUAGAAAAUAGCUGAUGGGGGGCAUUGCCAAGAUGACCGCCGAGUGAACCAAUUUGCCUCAAAAGUCUAUAUCGAGAAGAAUGUGUCUUAAAGAAACUAGCUAUCUUCCUUCUUCCUCCCUUUCCCACCACUCUUCUCUCUCUGAGGAUGUCUAAAGUGGUGUCUACCAUGGGCUACUUAAAAACACAUAGCGUCACACCUUGCUUUGGCAACACAUUCAACACUGGCUAGUUUAAUUACCUGCUUGGUGAUUACAUUAGCAUAUGUCAACAAGGUUGCGUUCUGACCAAAUCCAAGACGUUUCUCCGUUUAGUCAUUACCAUGACUUCUAGACUUGGAUGUUACCUUUAGCAGCUUAGGCUAAGGUUUAUCCAAUGUAGAACCAUUCAAACUGGCCUUAAAAUUUACAUGUAUAUCUUUACCACUGCAUGUCUCGAAUACAGCUAUUUAGGACUAUUUGCACAUUAGGGUUGGUACAGGACCUUUUGAAAACUUUUAAGUAUAGUAGGGUUGAAAAAUCUACUCAUCUUUUUGUUUAAAGUUUUAAAUCUGCAACAGGAUAACAGUAACACAUCUAAGAAUAAUAAGUGUAUAUAAAUUGAAUGGAAAUUGACCAGAUCCUGGAUAUAAUUCUUUAGAAAGUUAAUUUACCUUGUAAUUAUGGAUCUGUAAUGUGUUUUUAAGACAUGUUGCUAUGUUGUCAAAGUCAAGAUUGCUCUCACUCAGAGUUUGAUGAUGUGAGACGCAUUGAAAUAUAUGUAAGGUCAGUUGUUGUACGGUUAUGUAGUCACAUAAAGUUGCAGUACACUUUCAUGUAGCGCUGUAGUUCUUGAUUUGGACCCUCUAACUAAUUAACUUUUAAAUAAUUUGUUGUCGUGGCCUCUAGAUUUCAGUACAUUGGUCAGUUGCCAUCCAACAAGAGAAAUCCUUAUUUUUCUUAAGAACUUUUCGAUUUAAUGCAGUGUUUAUAUAUAGGACAUGUACUUAUAUCACAUAGACUACACAGUUCCUUAAAAACAUGCACAGAGACUUGAGUGAAUGUAUAGUUGCAUGCCUUAACACCACCGGAGGUAUUGUGCCAUAUUGACGGUCCCUCAAUGAAUUGUGUUGCGUUGAUUGUAUUGGAUCUAUACACUCCCAGAAUGCACUUUUAGAAACAUCAUCCCUAAUUUUAGAUUGUUAUGGCUUUUCUUAUAGACCAAAAUCUGAAGAAUGAGCCAUCAGUGUGGCCAGUGUUGUAUUAGGACAACAUAUCACAGCUGUAGUGUUUAUGUCAAUUUUACAACUUAAUGCAGGAAAGUUAUUUAUGUGAAUACCUUUACCAUACACUGAAAUCCAAACUGGAGAAACAGCACCUACUAGUGGCCACUACAUUACAUUGCAUUCAUUUCAUGUCAAAAUUACAGUAAUUACAAGAUUCCAACUUGUAAAAAGCAUUCACGUCUCCGUAGAACACGUAAUUACAAAUUGUAAACUCGGAAUUCUGUGAAAGCUCCGACUUGACAGUUGGCCGAUUUGGAUUUUGCCGAUUAUGACAACUAAGGUGGUGGGAAAGGCCGAUAACCGAUUAAUCGGCCGAUAGUUUUUCAAAUUGAUUUAUAGAAUGUAAUCUUAAUUCUUAAAUCUAAAAUUCUUAUUCUUUCUUUAUUAUGCUGGGCAAAGACAAAGAGUCAAAAAUGAAUAAAAUUCCAGACGCAGUUUUUUGUUCAACCAAAAUCCCAAUAAUAACCAGAAAAAAAUGAAGAUUUGUUACAUAACGAGGGACUUUUCAGUAUGAACAAGCCAGAAACACACUGGGGACUAAAUUACUAAAUGAUGAAAAAACAAUUGACAACUAUCGACAGAUUUUUGCCGAUAACCGAUAGCUCCAAAAAGCAACCAUCGGCACUGAUUAAUCUGUAAAACCGAUAUAUCGGUCUACCUCUAGUAAAAAGAACCAAUAUGGCUGCGGCCUCAAUAGUUAAAGUUAGUGAACAUAUUUCAGUUUGAUAUGCCAUUUUACUAUGCCUUUGUCACCUGGAGCGAUUUCUUUGUUUUUUAAACAUUUUCCAAGAACAUAUAGAGUUAUGAGUGUUGCCAUAGAAACGAAUAAGAUCCGAGAAUGUGAACAGCUUCGAGGAAAAUAAUUAGCCUAAAGUAAUUCCGACAUGACGUAAAUGCGGCAUAAGGCCCAAAACAUAUUCUACACAAAUAUGUGAAUGCCAACACAUCUUGCUUCAAAAACUUGAUUUUGUGCGUCAUAGCAUUACGAAAUGUGUCACUAUGUUAUUCAUAAUGCAACGCGUGUUACAUUCUCAGCAUUACUGCAAAGGAUGAUAUAGUGAGCAUUAGCGUAAAUUCCUCUUCUAUGGCCAUUACUGUCAUGUUUAGGGUUGCCACUUUGAAGUUGUAAAAUAAGGGAAACAUCCCUCCACAGUUUUAGCAAUAAAUGCAUUGAGUUAAUAUGCGUUAUUAAUAAAAAUGGUAUAUCCUUUCUUAUAUGCUAAAAUGAGAACUCUCCUGACCCAUGACUUGAAAAAAAAAGUACAUCUUUUACAUGAUAAAAAUAUAUUUCAAUUUUUUCGAUUAUUUGUCUUUAUCUUAUUUAUGUAUACAUUUUGGUUGGUUUAUAAGUAUUUAUAUUUUUUAAUCAUUUUUAUUUAUUUUAUUUUAUUUGUUUAUUUUUUCCUUCUCCUGUACUUGUCUUUAUGACUCAGAGAUUGUAUUCAUACAUUGUUUGAUUUUAAUGAACAUUUAUAUAGAAAAAAAUCCAUAGUUUUAGCACCAUUUGUGGACUUUUCAGAUGGUCCCUUACCACACCCUCCACAGUAUUAGCACAUUUUAGCACAAUGUGUGGACUUUUCAGAUGGUCCCUUACCCACCAUAGGCAAAUUUUCCCUAAUAUCAAUGUUAAAUUAGUGAUCUGGAACAAUUUCACCUUGACGCCAUCUGACCAGCUUAAAUACGGGAAAAAUCACAUCAUGUAUUGAUUCGAUAUGGGACGCAUCAUUUUAUCUUUAAAUACGAGACAAUCCUGUAUUUUACGGGACGAGUGGCAACCCUAGUCAUGUUGGAGUAACAAUUUUAAGAGAAGCUUGCUGAUUGAGUUAGUUAAAUUUAAACUGUUGACUGUAAACAAAUGUUUAUAGCUAGCUAGCUAGCUAGCUACUUGAAUUAUAAGACAUGCGUUUUAAUGUCACAAACAUUUUAAGGUAACUCUAUCACCCGCUGAGAUUUGUUACCGCCACAGCAACGUGUGUUCAAGGGGACCGUGCAAUUGCAAUGUGUUGGUAAAGCAUUCAUGAUAAAACUUACUUUACGCAAAUACGCAAACACAGACAUGGAUGCUUGGCAAACACAUUGCCAGUGCAAUCUGGUUGUACAUACUUGAUGUGUGUUCUUGCGUUAUUAUGGCAUUAACAAACCUCAGUACUCAAGGUGGCGAUAGAGGCCACAUCCACACUAAUAGGUUUUCAUUUAAAAAUGCAUUCAUUUUGCUACGUUUAUGUUUUCAUCUACCCUAGAAUGGCAUUUUUCUCUACCGAAAAUGGAGUGUUUUAAAAAACGUUCUACAUUAUCACGUACUUUGGACCGGAUAUGUUAUUAUUCAGGCAGCUAGCUAUAAACAUGUUGACUGUUUGACUUACUAUAACUAACUUGUUUUGCAAGGGUCUCUUUGAACUGUUGCUACGCCAUGACAGCAGCUGUAGAAGAAGAGUUUAUGUUAAUACCUGCUUAUAGCACCCCUUGUGGCAACAUUGAGAAUGCUUGUGAAAACACUUGAGUUGCAUUAUGAAUUGCGUUCUUACUACAAUGACGUAUGUAAUUGAGUUUGCAUAGCUAGAAGCAUUUGCGUAGAGUUUGAGUCUAUAUCCGAAAUCACGCGAUUGCUUGUUAACAACCCAGGUCAUUAGACAAGUGACUGUAUCUUCCCAGCUCUUGCCUUUCUCACACAAGUUUAAAUUGAUGUAGAUUGUGUGUCGUAAAAUUGGACAUUGUGUUUAGUGCAUUGAUCUUAAAGCAAAAGCUUACCAUUUAGAGCAUAAAGAGAAACUGACAUGUUCUGGGGUGUGGAAGGGUAGCAAGUCCAUGUGAAAAAAUUCCUUGACCUGUCCUCUCUUUUAGUGUACUGCAUCUUUAUUUGCUAUCGACAUGUUUCACUUUAAUCUAUUGUUCUAUAUUUAAAAACAAAAAAGACAAAGAAAAUCAAAGCAUGACUGAAAAAAUAAUUCUAUGCAAGUGUUGCAUGAUCUGAUUGUUACUUUCGAUUGUUUCUGAUAUACUUUAGUAUUGCAUUGAUUCUUCUUGUUGUUUGUAGGUAUUAUUCUAGUUAGUAAGACUAUUCACCCUCUUUUAUACUGAGGACAGACAAGGGGCUCCUGUCGAACAAAUAAUUUUCUUUGAAAAGCUCCUUUUACAAACUCGUGGGCUUCAGUACCUCCAUUGUUCUGUUUUUAUUUUUGAUAACUUUUGGACAUGGCCUCUACUUCAUCAAUGCAUUAAAUAUCAUUUAUCAGGACCAACAAUUAUACAACUAUGAUUUCAAAAUAGGACUUCUCACCAAAAAGAGUGAAAGUGCACUCUACAAGCUACUUGUACUGUUAAGCCCUAUCCACAACAACAAACAAAAAAAUGCAUUGACAAUGCUGCACUUAUAAUAGAAGUCUAUGGGGCAACCUUGCCCCAUAGACUUCUAUUGUAAAUACAUUUCUGUCAACACGUUUUUUUUUUUUUUUUUUUUUACAAACUGAGGUAUGAAUCAAAAUUAUUUUCUGUAGAAAGUGACAGCAUACCUCAGGUGCAAUGGAUAGAGCUUAACUUGUAUUUAACCUGGAAUAUUCCUUUGAGAUCAAAUUUAGAAAAGAGAUGAUAUGUAAAAUGCAAAAUGUAAAAAAGGUAUUGACAAUAUGCUAAAUUAGGUCCUGUUAAAGCAAAAACUAAAAACGUUUUGCAUGUGUUAAUACAUGCCAAUGUAAAUGCUACAUUUUUAUUUAUUUUUCUGUUAUGGCAUCACAUUGUUUUUUCGCGGACCAAUACAGCAACCAUAAACUUUUUUCUUGCUUUCUGAGGUAUAAGAAGCACAGUUUUUACAAUGGGUAUGAGUCCUUUGUCUUCUAUUCUGUAUGCAAUACAAACAUGGAAAGAAAUCGCCUUAGAACAUUAACACUUCUGGGUAAGUAGAGAAAAAGAUAUUGCACUAUAUUUUUCUGUUUUGAUGUCUGCUUUGUAAUGCAAUAAAUGCACUAGGUACAAGAAUAAUCCCAAUGGACAGUGAAUUGGUCCUCAGGCGUGACGUAGGUACACUCUCUUUCACCCCUUCAUCUUUCUGACAAGAAAACAUGAAAACUAAAAUCCUGCCUGAUGCUGUAUAUGCUUUCUAUUUAAAUAAAAUGCCACUAGUUAUAAUAAUAAGAAUAAAAAAAAUAAUAAAAAAAACAUUUUAUGUACUUUUAACACUUCAGUCGUGUUUGAUCUUUGCUCGCAUUUUUAUGGCUACAGUUUUGUUUUAUUUAUUUUUUUACGUAU